GGUCCCCUGUCAAACGUGCAAGAUGCCAUCGAAUAAAAACGUUUGUUAGAACUGCAACAUGAAGAUCAAGGGCGAUAGGUACUAUUGACCUGCUUUGAACUGGAGAGAGGCUGGAGCAUGCGCAGAGACCUGCACUGUGAGGUCACACUCUUCAGACAGCAACUUCAUCUAUUAAACCAUACAGUCUCCAUUAGUUCAUAGAGAAAGCACGAAUAAAGCUAAAAAGCUUGGAUACUUGUAGUGAUCAGCUUGUAUUGCUUACCGUACGCUUUGCUGCUUCGUAUGACCUUAUUUGAUUAUCUCAUAGACUGCUGCUGUUAGGACAUAUGGAAGGAGAGAAAUGAUAGACAACUGUAUAACAACUGGAGAAUAAGCUCAAAACCACGACGUGCAAGCGUGAAUGUCACAUGAUUAUCGUGUGCACCAUCUAUAGGAGAACAACAUCACCUUGACGACCUUUGACGUCAACAAUAUUAUCCAUCCACCAACUACACUUGUUGGUCACCACAUAAACUAAACAAUUGAAACAAAAUGGCUGCAAUUCCUCAACAAGUGGCAGUGCCUACAGUGCUGAGUUUAGGUAGUAACGUCAAAGAUUCAAGAUGGCUGACAUUAGAAGUCUGCCGGGAAUUUCAGAGGACAAAAUGUAGUCGUAGCUCUGAAGAAUGUAAAUUUGCCCACCCACCCCCACAUGUAGAGGUUACCCAAGGACGUGUAACUUGCUGUUUUGAUGCCAUAAAGGGCAAGUGCCAAAGAAAGGAACCCCCGUGUAAAUACCUUCACCCCCCUCAACAUCUACGAGAACAGAUUCUACAAAAUGGCCGAAACAAUCUGAUACUAAAAAACCUCCAAAUGAACGCCAUGCCUGUCCCAGGUUUUUCACCUCUCCUCCCCGGCUCAGUCCCACUGUCUUCCAUUCCUUCAGCCUAUACUUCAUACAGUGCACACCAUCCGUCUUUCAUCCAGGCAGCAGCUGUACACCCUUACAUGCAACAGACUUUACAACAAAUGACAUCACUACCACCAGCCAAUGAGGCUCCAGUACUACACACCCAAGCCGCCAAUAUUAUCCCCACAUCACAAGCUGCUGUUGCUGCCGCUGCGCAUGCCACUAAAGUUACACGGGCAGAUCGGCUUGAGGUAUGUAGAGAAUAUCAGAGGGGGACAUGCACCCGGCAGCCUAGUGAGUGCCGUUAUGCCCACCCCCCUGAAUCAGUAACAAUAGACUCCAUAGAAAACACAGUCACAGUGUGUAUGGAUCACAUAAAGGGAAAGUGUAGUCGGGAGUCUUGCCGGUACUUCCACCCCCCUACCCACCUCCAGGCCCAAGUUAAAGCUACCCAGCAACGAGCUAACGCAGCUGCCGUCCAAGCACAAGCUGCCCUGCAACCACAAAUGGUAGAGGUCAUCCAGCCCAAGAAACGACCUCUGGAGGCUACUGACGAUCUUUUACUGCAGGCUGGCAUGCCUAUGACGAGUCCUAAUCAGAUGAUGGAACAGCUGUAUAAACGUCCCGCCAUGACUGGGAAGGGGGGUAUGCCCAUGUACCAGCCACCCAGUGCUGCUUCCUAUCAGCAACAAAUUGUCGCUCUACAGCAACUGCAACAACAGCAGCAACAACAACAAUACAUCCCAGUGUCAU